CGAGAGUUUGUCCCAACGUCAAGCAUACAUACCUAUAGUCGGAACUGUUUAGAUCCUAAAGGGAUUCGAAGGAGAUGGACAAAGACAACGGGCCUCUUGGAAAUCUUCCCAACACUAGAUCGUUUCGGCUACUCCAGCUGUUUACGAUGGACAUGGAUGGAAACAUUAACCCUCCCGAAGUGAUUGGGCCUCUUUUAGCCUAUCGCACUAAAAUUUUCUCUUUAGAUGAUUACCCUCAAUAUUAUGCACUGUCAUAUACUUGGGGAAGCGCAAUAUGCGAAGAUCCUGACCACCCUGACGUGGACAACUCCACUGUGCAUACGGAAGAUCCUUUAGUAGGUCCGACCAAACAAGCUAGUGGCGAGUUUGAGAAUGUCAUCCGGGGAGGCGAGAAUGGAGUCAAAAUGCAAAAGGCCACGAGCAAUCUCCAGGAAGCUAUGAAGCAGUUGUAUUGCUCUGGUAUGGGUCAUAAGUGGGUUUGGAUCGACGCAGUCUGCAUCGAUCAAAAGAAUAUUGAAGAAAAGAUGAUACAAGUAGGUCUCAUGGACGAGAUUUAUUCGAAAGCUUCGUCUGUAAUUGUCUGGCUUGGUCCUUAUUCAGAAGAUUACGAUUCCUUUGCGUGGCUACACGAAGACUUUCUCGCGGCUAUUGGAACACAAAUCCAAAUCAACGGUCAAGAUUUUAUUAAAGAUCAGGACCCCCUCGAUCCUAAAUUUACGGAGAAGCUUGGAAUAGUGCCGCCUUCGGGCAGUUGGAGAAGAACCUGGGACCAAUUUUUCGAUUUCUGUCGAGCUAGAAGAUGGUUCUCUCGAGCGUGGAUUGUGCAGGAAGUAGCACUUGCAAGAAACCUAGUCCUGCUUUGCGGGGAUCGUUUUCUUCCAUGGGAAAAUGUAGAGACACUGGGUCACCUAAUCCAAGUGCAGCGCUGGGCCCCACUCAUUGGAAAGAAUGUUGCACAAACUUUGUUUAGAGCGGCUGGUGAUCAUACCGUACGGUUGUAUAUGAUGAGAGAAAACUUGAAUGUCCAACGAGCACAGGCACUAAGCGCUCUAACAGUUGAAGAUGGAAACUCCGUAACCAAAGAAGCCAAGCUGAUAUGGUAUCGUUAUCUACAAAAACUCCUGCUUGAAGGGCGAUCUUACAGUGCUACUGACCCUCGAGACAAGAUAUUUGCCCUUUUAGGGCUGAUGAAGAAGUGUCUACCUUCCAAAAUGGAGAUCCCCAUACGUCCAGAUUAUUCCGAAUCGUCAUCACCAGUCUCAGUAUUUACAUCAGUUGCAAGUCUGUUACUUACAGAGCUACCUCGACUGUCAAAUCUCUCGCAUAUCGAUUUCAAAGCACAAGGUCGACUAGAUGGACUGCCUUCUUGGGUACCAGAUUACACACAUACACUUGCUCCGCUGCCAUUCAUCAUGGUCAGAGGGGAAAUAUGUCCAUUCGAUUGCUGUCCUUCCGAUGUUUUGCCGGAGGAAAAAUGCAAAAUAAAUGGCCAUUCUCUUCAAGUAAAGGGUGCCGUAUUCGAUAGAAUUUCAAGCGUAUGUCCUUCGAUGUGGGAUAUGCUGAAAUCUGUUGAUUUCACUCCGUGUUUUACACUUGUCCUAGGCCUUGACCCAACUUUUGCAGCAGAACACGGUGGCCACGGAGAGAUUUUGUGGCGUACCAUGAUCGCUGACUCUUUCAAUUUCAAAGCGCCACGAGCUGACAUGGCCAAAAACUUCAAAGACUGGGCUGCUGCCAGGAUAGCCAGUGCAAUCAGUCCACCCUUUUUUGAAACAGAUUCAUCCGGAAAAAAGAAGCCCUUGCUUAAGCUCGACGAGAAUCAACUUCGCGAUCGCCUCAACGACUUGAAGAAGCUAAAUCAGCUCUGUGCUGGCUUUGAAUUUUGUUGCGUCCCAACUGAAGACGAGGUCCUCCAAAAGUGUAGACUGAUGCAUCAUUUCAAUCUUGUCAACUUCGUCAGCGCCCAUUCCAAUCUAGCACAAAUCGAGGACGUGCCAUCAUUCGAAGCACAAACCAAAAUGGUUGAGGGCAGGUCGGCGGAAUUUCGUAUUGCACUUGGCCCGACCAUCCCUUUCAGACGGCUGUACCUCACAGAACAUGGUUAUCUUGGACUGGGGCCCGAAAAUGCUGUCGAAGGAGACGAGAUUUGGAUGCUCCAAGGAGCCAUGGUGCCCUUCGUCUUACGAAGGGGAGAACAGGCACAACUUUCUCUCGUAGGCGAGACAUACGUUCAUGGUUUCAUGCAUGGAAAGAUGGCCAGAGAGGUAAAGGAUCAAGUUUCUCUUAUUGAGUUGAUUUAAGCUACCGUCGCGCGGUAAGUCUAUUUUAAACCUAACACACUGUCGGAGUAGAAGCUGAAGAAAGGCGGGCUCGAGAGGAGAGCUGAGCUAUGCUUUCUGAUCCAUGCUCAUAAGUAGG